AUGCCAGCUCUUCUGGGUCAGGAAAAACUCAUGAACUUCAAACUAGACAAUGAGACCUCAGAUGAUACAUGGUACCAUACUCUCAGACACAAAGACAAUAUUAAUCCACCCCCUCAGAAGAGGAUUGUGAGCUCUAGGUCUGUUGGAAAUUCUUUGACACCAACAAAAGUCCCAUGUCUACAGAAGCUUGAGAAACUAUACUCAGAGACACGUAAUUCCUCCACAAUAUUUGAAAAUGCACAGUAUCGUACAAAGGAAAAACAGAAAGCUGAAAGUAAAGAGCACCACUCUAUCUUUAAUCUGACACGUGCAUGUAUAAUGUUUGGUGGUCACUGUAGAAAUAAAUGUGGUGGAAAUGAAUUUAGGAUGGUAUAUUGUGAUGUGUCUACAUCGCUUUGCUGCAUUAGACAAUGUAAGCCUAAGAAGUAUAAAUAA